UUCCGGCUUGAACUCGACUAUGCUUCGUCUCUUUAAGAACCCACAAAAACAUAACAGAACAUGGUGUCAGAAUGUGCUUAAGAGUGCUGUUCAAGAAGAGGGGCCAGAAAGACGAGCGUAAAUACCAGAGGGUAUAAGAAGAAAAGACAAAGAGGCGGAAACUCGUAAGAAGAACGGUUGGCGGGAGCUAACGGUAACUGGCCCGUAACAAAGCCGUAACAGCGAAAAAAAAAAAAGGAAAAAAAUGGCCCAAUAUCAAGUAAAACCGCCUGAGCAGUUCUCAUUCAAGGCAGAAGAUUGGACAAAGUGGAUAAAACGCUUUGAAAGAUUUCGGGUCGCCUCAGGUCUGGAUGUACAAGCCGACGAGAACCAAGUAAAUGCGCUAAUCUACUGUAUGGGGGAGGAAGCAGAGGAUAUUUUGGUUUCCCUACACCUCAGUCCGGAACAAGCAAGUGAGUACGAGACAGUCAAACAAAGAUUUGAGGCUCACUUUGUAGCUCGAAGAAAUGUUAUUUUUGAAAGAGCAAAGUUCAAUCAGCGGCAGCAAGAGGUGGGCGAGUCGGCAGACAGCUUCAUCACCGCGCUGCAUUGUUUAGCUGAGCACUGUGGAUAUGGUCCACUGCAUGACGAGAUGGUGAGAGACAGACUUGUGGUCGGACUCAGAGACUUGCGGUUGUCAGAACAAUUACAAAUGGAUCCAGAAUUAACUCUUGUGAAAGCAGUCGCAAAAGUUAAACAGAGUGAACUCAUUAAGAAGCAACAAGAGCUAUUAAAGACGAACUUCAAGGCAGAAGUCGUGAAUACGCAGCUCGACAGUGUGCACUCAAAGCCACAAGGGGGCGUCAGAGUCAAACAAAACAAAUGGCAGCCGAAUCAGACGUUUAAAAAAACCCGACCCUGCUCAAGGUGCGGAGACACAAAAGGUCACGCAUUUCUCCAAUGUCCAGCAAGAGAAGUCAUAUGCAACAACUGCAAAAAGAAAGGACAUUUUGCAAGGGUGUGCAAAUCAAAGAAAGUGCAUGAAGUAUGUGUGGCAGCAGUGUCAGAGGAUGCAUCUUCAGAGGAGAUUGCAUUUUUAGGAACAUUGUCAAGUGAUUCUGCAGACAGUCCAUGGAUGACAGAAUUAAAAAUUGACAAUAACAGUGCAGUGUUUAAAAUUGACACUGGUGCUGAUGUGACUGCAGUCCCAACACAUAUGUAUGAGAAGGGACAGUACAGUGACCUACAGAACACUAAAAAAGUGCUCAUGGGGCCAGGUAGAUCACAACUAAAGGUAAAAGGAAAAUUCACAGCUACCUUGCAAAGAAAAGACAAACACGUAAUGGAAGACAUAUAUGUAGUUGAAGGACUAAAUACACCUUUGCUGAGUAGGCAAGCAGCUACUGCACUUCAACUAGUUGCAAGGCUUGACGUAACUACUUUGGACUCUAAAGAGACUAUUAAAAAGGAGUUUCCAGAGCUCUUUUCAGGACUAGGCACAAUGAAAGGAGAAUACAACAUCGUUCUCAAACCUGGAGCACAACCAUUUUCAGUUUCGACACCCAGGCGUAUCUCUCUCCCUCUACUGCCAAAAGUAAAAGAGGAGCUGAAUCGAAUGGAGCAACAAGGAGUCAUCUCCAAGGUGGAGCAACCUACAGAAUGGUGUGCACCUAUGGUGGUGGUUCCAAAGCGCACAAGUGAACGGGUGAGAAUCUGCUCGGAUCUCACUCAACUGAACAAAUCAGUGUUAAGAGAGAGACAUCAGCUUCCUUCAGUUGAAAAUACUUUAGGUCAGCUCUCCGGUGCCAAGGUAUUUUCAAAGCUAGAUGCCAAUGCUGGUUUCUGGCAAAUUCCUCUAAGUAAGGAAUCCUCCUUGCUCACGACUUUUAUCACUCCCUUUGGUCGCUAUUGUUACAAUCGUCUUUGUUUUGGACUCUCUUCAGCCCCAGAACAUUUCCAAAAACGCAUGCAGCAAAUUCUGGAGGGCUUGGAGGGAGUUGUUUGUCAAAUGGACGAUGUUCUAAUUUGGGGAUCAAACCAGGAUGAGCAUGAUGAGCGGCUAAGAAGAGCGCUUGAUCGUUUGAGGAAUGCAGGUGUGACACUCAACGAUAAAUGUGAAUUUUCCAUGUCAAAAAUCAAGUUUCUUGGUCAAGUCAUUGAGGCUAACGGGGUCAGUCCAGACCCAGAGAAAGUGAGCGCGGUGAGAGCCAUGAAAGAACCAAGUGACAUUUCAGAGGUGAGACGUUUUCUAGGCAUGGCAAAUCACCUGGGAAAGUUUUUGCCUCAUUUAGCGGAAAAGACAAGGCCGCUCAGAGAACUUUUGAAAAAGAGUAAUAUGUGGAAUUGGGGACAACAGCAAAUGCUGGCUUUUGAGAGCAUCAAACAAGAUUUGACAACACCCCCAGGACUAGCACUGUAUGAUCCUUCAGCAGACACGCUGGUCUCUGCUGAUUCGUCUUCAUAUGGUCUCGGAGCCGUCCUACUGCAGAAAAAAGGCAAUGCGGACUGGAAGCCAGUAGCGUAUGCAUCGCGAGCGCUGACCACCACAGAACAACGAUAUGCACAGAUCGAGAAAGAAGCGCUGGCCACUACGUGGGCUUGUGAGAGAUUUGCAGAGUUUUUGAUCGGGAAAGACUUUCAUAUACAAACCGAUCACAAACCACUUGUUCCACUGUUCGGCUCAAGAACUCUGGAUGAACUUCCUCCACGUAUUCAGCGUUUGAGAAUGAGACUCAUGAGAUUUUCAUUCACAAUCUCACAUGUAGCAGGCAAGGAAAUAGCCACUGCGGAUGUUCUUUCAAGAGCACCAGUUGCACAUUCCGGGGAUCAUCUUCACGAGGAGGAGAUUGACCUCUACGCAGAUGCCGUAGUCGCAAGCAUCCCGGCUACUGAGAAGAGACUCAAAGAAAUACAAAUGCACCAGGACAAGGAUGAAGUUCUGCAACAACUGAAGCAGUUUUGCAUAAGUGGUUGGCCAAACAAAUUUGACAUUGAAAAGACGUUUCAACCCUACUUACCUUUCGCAGGUGAGCUUACGGUUCAAAAUGGUCUGUUGUUACUUGGGUGUAGAUUAGUAAUACCAAAGUCACUGAGACUUGAUAUUCUGAACAAGCUACACGAGGGCCACUUGGGCAUCACAAAAUGCAGGGAACGUGCUAAACAAUCUGUGUGGUGGCCAGGUCUCAGCAAAGAUCUGUCAAAACUAGUCGAUAACUGUGACACUUGUGCAUGUGAGAGAAUUCAGAACAAAGAGACAAUGUUAGCUUCAGACCUUCCUUCACGUCCAUGGUGUAAAGUUGGUGCAGACUUGUUUCAACUUGGUAAGAAUCAAUACCUAGUACUGGUUGAUUACUUUUCCAGGUUCUUUGAAAUUGCAAAACUUUCAUCUACCACGUCAGAGGCUGUUAUUGACCACUGUAAAUCUAUUUUCGCCAGACAUGGCAUUCCAGAGAUAGUGCGCUCAGACAAUGGUCCACAAUUUGCAUCUGUGGCUUUCCAAGAGUUUGCACAAAAUUGGGGCUUUUCACAUGUUACAUCUAGUCCUCACUUUCCACAAAGCAAUGGUGAAGUAGAGCGUGCGAUCAGGACGAUCAAGAGUUUACUCAAAAAGUCCAGUGAUCCGUAUUUAGCUCUGAUGGCUUAUAGAGCAUCACCCUUAGCCAAUGGGUAUAGUCCUACAGAACUACUCAUGGGGCGUAAAAUACGCACUACUGUCCCUGUGAUUCCUUCACAGCUGGAACCAAACAGAGCUGACUUAGGAAAAGUGAGAAAGACAGAAAAGAGUUAUAGAUUGAGACAAACACAGAAUUACAACAGGAGACACAGAGCUUUUGACAUGCCUAGCUUGCAACCAGGAGACCAUGUCUGGGUCAAGGACAUACGACAGAGGGGAACGGUGGUGUCCACUGCAGGCACUCCCAGGUCUUACAUCGUUGAGACACCAGGCGGCAGCCUCAGGAGAAACAGGUAUCAUCUAUCUGAAACACCAGUAGCUCCACAGCUGCACGUUAAUGUUCCAUCGGCAGAAAACCAUCUGACAGAGACUGAAACAACAACUGAGAGACUCCCUGACUCCAGUCAACAGUCUCCACAGCCUGAGAAACGCUAUCCUACACGAGUCAGAAAACCACCAGGGUACUUGAAAGACUAUGUUACUUGAGUUGGGUUAUGGGGCAGAAUAAUCCUCAUAUUUGGUUCAGGGGUCUGGACCAUCUUCUCCAUCCCCUAAUCGGUUCACAAAAUGUUGGUGUAAAGAGGUUGUUAUGCUGGUAAAUAGUGAGUUCAUCAAAAAAAAAAAAAAAAAAAA